CGAUUCCACCAUUACAUUUAGAUUUUGGUUUAAUCGAAAAAGGAGGCCAGUUAUACAUUUCACAUGGAGAAAAAUUGCGCAAAUGUGUUCUUCGUUGUGGUGUUUCUAGUGUUGAUGAAUGAAGUUGUGGAAGGAAAUGCUGGAACAGAGAGUAAAGAUUUUCAGCCGUUCGUAAGCGAAUGCAUUUGUGCCACGAACGCAGAUCCCGACGAGGUUGACCUUUGGAUGAAAUACAGGACAUAUCUUCCAUCUCCUUCGUCGUGCUUUAAGUGCUUUCUGAAAUGCGUAAGCUCAAAGGUACCUUUCACAAAUGCUGAUGGUACCCCUGACUUAGACUUUGCAACAAAACACUUCGGUGGCUCCAUUUCGAUCGAUCAAGUUUUUGCGUGCAUGGAACUACAAGAUAAGAAUCUGGACCCUUGCGACAAGACGUAUCAAUUUUCCAAAUGUAUUGACGAAUUUAUAUACAAGAAUACGUCAAGUCCAAUAGGGGAGUAGUUGUUCGUGGACUCGAUUUGUGUUAGAUAUUUUAGAAUCAAUAAAUGUUCUUCC